AUGGGCCCCUGUACCGCCUCCUCAUGCUGCUGCCAGGCCCGUAAUCUGCCAUGGGCCCCCGUACCAACUCCUCAUGCUGCUGCCAGGCCCGUAAUCUGUCAUGGGCCCCUGUACUGCCUCCUCAUGCUGCUGCCAGGUCCAGAGUGUGUCAUGGGUCCCUGUACGGCCUCCCAUUGCUGCUGUCUCCAUCGCCACACUCUGCCAUGUGCCACUUUCAGGUCUCCUCACACUGCUGGUGGGUUCCAUUUUGUCAUAGGGUGCUGUAUGGCCUCCCAUUGCUGCUGCCUCCACCGCCACACUGUGGCUCUACACUCUGGUUUUGGCCCCGUGACUGCCCAAAUGAGUGAAGUGUGCGGUGAUUCUAAGAUCGACGGCACUCAUCUGCAUGUCAUACUGACUGACAGUAUUAUUUCUCUUCCCCAGCAGACUCCAAGGGCAUUUAAAUUAAAGGUACAGUGUUCUGCACUAAUAUAA